GCAAAGCUGAACUCAGAAAGAAACUGAAGGCUUUAGGAAAGUGACCGAAGGGCUGAUGUAGGGUUCUCAGAGAGGAGAACAGAACAGUGAGAGCUGUUUUUAGUGUUUUUCACAGAGGACGAGUAGAGACCAAAGACAAAACACCUCUCCAAAAUGCUUUGCCAUGUAACUCGACCGGAUUCGGUGGUAAUGGAGAUUGAAGUGGACGCGAAGGCAAACGGAGAAGACUGUCUGAACAAGGUAUGUCAGAAGUUGGGAAUCAUAGAAAUUGAUUACUUCGGGCUGCAGUUUUCUGGCAGCAAGGGAGAGAACCUGUGGCUGAACCUGAGGAACAGAAUCUCUCAGCAGAUGGACAAUCUCACACCCUGCAGACUACGACUCCGAGUGAAGUUCUUCGUGGAGCCUCAUCUUAUUUUGCAGGAACAGACGAGACACCUGUUUUUUAUGCAUGUGAAAGAGGAUCUUCAUCGUGGACAUCUGCGGAUGUGCUCUGAACAAGCCGAAGAGCUCAGCGCCCUUCUCGCCCAGGCAGAGUUUGGUGACUACAACCAGAACACAGCCAAGUAUUGGUACACUGAAUUGUGUGGCCAAGAGCCCAACCAAGCAACCAUCAACAGUAUCAUAGCCAAGCACAAGGCCCUGGAGGGUCUGAGUCAGGGCUCUGUGGAGUACCAGGCCCUGCAGCUGGUUGCAUCACUGGAUCACUAUGGAGUAGAGUGGCACUGGGUGCGGGACGCAGAGGGACAGAGGUUGGCGAUCGGAGUGGGGCCAGAGGGUAUCGCUAUUUGCCGAGAAGACUUCACCUUGGUUAACAGGAUAUCUUAUCCCAUAAUACAAAUUGCCACACAAUCAGGGAAAAGUGUGUACUUAACAGUCACCAAGGAAACCAGUGACAGUGUGGUCCUGCUGUUCAAGUUGAUCAGUAAUCGGGCAGCCAGUGGACUGUACCGGUCGAUCACAGAGACGCAUGCCUUUUACAGAUGUGACACGGUGACCAAUGCAGUCAUGAUGCAAUAUAGCCGAGAUUUCAAGGGUCAUCUGGCUUCACUCUUCCUUAAUGAGAAUAUCAACCUGGGCAAGAAGUACGUAUUCGACAUCCGCCGCACCUCCAAGGAAGUUUACGACUAUGCCAGGCGUGCGCUCUACAAUGCUGGUAUCGUGGACAUGAUGUCGAGGCCAGGCGAGCGCACCCCUUCAUCGCGCUCGCCCUCACAUGACCAGGAGGGGGUGCUGGACUGCGGGGGCUGCCAGCAGAGCCGCCUGCUGCAGGAGAAGCUGCAGAAACUGCGGGAGGCACUGCUGUGUAUGCUGUGCUGCGAAGAGGAGAUUGACGCCGCGUUUUGCCCCUGCGGUCACAUGGUCUGCUGCCAAAACUGUGCUGCACAGCUGCAGUCAUGUCCAGUGUGUCGGUCAGAGGUGGAACACGUCCAGCAUGUCUACUUGCCUACAUGCACCAGUUUGCUCAACCUGACCAUCACUGGUGGCAAUAGCCCCGAACCCAUCCACCGUGGAAUGGCCGCCCACACCUGCACUACCAACGAAUACUCCACCAGUGAGAAGAUCUACCAAAACUAAGCUUGCCUUCCAUGGGACUUUUAUUUAAUUUGACUUGGUUGCCGACUAAGUGUCCACACAUCAUUAUGGUUGAGUCAAUGAGAAAUGUUGUUUUUGGAACCAUUGACGGACCCUAGUCUUUAAUAUUUGUGUGUCAUGUGACUUUUUUAAUUAAUUAUAUCAGUUGAUCUGAUAAAUAUUUGUUUCUACUUUUUUUUAUUUUUUUUUAUUUACUUUUCAGUACUCCAUAGCAUGCUGCAAACAUUUGCCUCAUAACCUGCACAAAUCUGUUUUAAGUGACAAGGAAUUAUAUUGUUUAGAUGGUAGCUUUUGUUUUCCUAAUUUAAUUGAGUUUUACAUUUGUGCUUUUUUAAUAUGCAAUAUCCACUUUUCAGUAUGUUCCUUUUGCAGGGGAUUUGAGUGAGUUUUUUUUUUUUUUAGGUCUUCGUGGUUUCCAUGCCAAUGACAAGGUAUUUAUGAUGAGGGGCGCCAACCCUCGCAGCACUUUGAGCAGAGAGGAUGUUGUCCAACUAGUGAUCCUCCGUUUACAUGUUGAUUCACUGCUUCUAUAACCAACACUCCAAACCCUGAAUGGGCGUUAGUGGAUUGUGUUGCUUUCUAAAGCUUUUAUUUCACUAUUAUGGUCAACAUGUGAUUUGCUUUGAAUUUAAAGGGUACUGAAUUAUCAUAUCAGUACAAUGCUAACCUUAAGAGAUUUUAACUUUUUUUUUUUUGUAUGGAAUUUAUCUGUAGGAAAGUAAAAAUAAGACUUAUCGCCACUGUCACUUUACUAAGGAGUUUCCUAAGUGUUUUGUUCCUAGGGGUUUGCCUUAAUGUAGCAGCAACACCGUGUGUUUGACAUGCAUUCUUUCUUUGCACAGACUAUUAUUGAAAAAUGAAGAGAACUAUUUUCUUUACUGCCGACACGAUAUCGAACCGGCACAGCAGGGGAUGUUUUUUUUCUUCAAUUUGUACAUGUAGGAUUUGUUUCUGUUUGUUUGAAGCAAAAACUAUGCGCUGUAAAUAGAGAAAUAACUCGAACUUUUAUAUUUCUUUGAAUGAGCGGUAUUAAUAAAGCUGGGUUUUUUUUAACCUGCCUUGCUUUUGUGUUUUAGUUGUGUGCAUGAUCAUGUUAUUGUAUAACUGUCCUAGUUACCUGCUUUUUGUUAAAAUGAGAAGGUGUCAAUUUAUUGGUGACAAAUUUACUCCAGUUUAUUAUAAACCCAAAGUAAAAAAACAAACAGGUCAGUAGAUGACCUUUGGCACUGCGAGACCAUACUUGGGCUGUGCUCAGUGUGAAAUACUACGUGCUGUGUACUGCACAGCUUAUGCUAUACGUUUAUUUUAAUACAUGGCGAGGCAGUUUUGUUUAAAAUGUUAAUAUCUGAAGACUUUUGUCAGCCAAAUCUAAGUCAGUGUGGUAUAAUCAACAUACAAGUCAUUUUGAUGUCAUUUGACAAGAAAACCAUAAAUCAGGAAAUGAUCUCACAGAGGACCCCUAGAACCCCAUGACUGUGUGUUCCAUUCAGAAUUGAUCAUUCCUAUUCCCUUUUGAAGACUUUACUAUCCACGGUGAGAGCUUUGGAGGGCUUAAAGGGAUGGUUCACCCAAAAAUAAAAAUUAAAUAAUUUA